AUGGUCGAUGACGGGAUUGUCGACCAGUUCGACAAGGUAUCCCUUAAGGGGCCCAAAAUCACGAAGGAUAAGGCCAAUCGGGCCACCGUCGAGCAGGUGCUUGACCCGCGGACGAUGAAGUUCCUCCAGAAGAUCGUCAAUACCGGGGUGAUUCUGGGGAUCAACGGGUGUAUUUCCACCGGUAAGGAGGCCAAUGUCUAUGAAGCGGCCAAUGACGAAACAGGUAAGGAGUACGCCGUCAAGAUUUACAAGACGUCGAUCCUUGUGUUCAAGGACAGAGAGAGAUACGUCGACGGCGAGUACCGGUUCCGCAACCAGAAGAACCAGACCAAUCCGCGGAAGAUGGUGAAAUUGUGGGCGGAAAAGGAGUUCAGAAACUUGAAACGGUUGUACACUCACGGCAUCCCUUGUCCCGAACCCGUGGAGUUGAGAUCUCACGUGUUGGUGAUGGACUACCUCACCAAAGGGGAUGGUCAGCCAUCGCCUAAGCUUAAAGACCACCCGUUUGCCGACGAAGAAGAGUUCCGCAAGUAUUAUCAUACGAUGUUGAUGUACAUGAGACGCAUGUACCAAGUGUGUCGUCUCGUCCACGCCGAUUUGCUGGAGUAUAACUCUAUUGUCCACCAGGGCAAGCUUUACAUUAUUGAUGUCUCUCAGUCGGUGGAACCAGAACACCCGAUGGCAUUAGACUUUUUGCGGAUGGAUAUUAAGAAUGUUAACGAUUACUUUAACCGUAAGAUCAAAGUGAUUCCGGAAAGGCUCAUCUUUAAGAUGAUUGUUGAAGAGAAACUUGCUGAUGACCCCGAAGUGAUUAUUGACCAUAUUAAGCUGCUUCCAUUGAAGGAGACCCACGACGAUGAAGUGGAAGAUGAAGUGUUUCGAUCGAUCCACUUUGUGCGGACACUUAAUGCUCUUGACGAACGUGACUUCACCAAGUUUCAAGAGGGUAAUAUCGAUGCCUUUGAUCUUGUCAAAAGUGGGGAUGAAGACGACUCCGAUGACUCUGACGAUGACGAUGACGACGAAGAAGAAGAACAUGGAUCUGAUGAUUCAGAUGAUUCUGACGAUUCUGACUCUGACUCUGACUCUGAUGACGAUAAGCCUAAACAAUUGAAGGGGAAGAAGUACGAGGACAAAGACGAUAAAAAGGCUCGUAAAGAAGCUGCCAGACUCGCUAAAGCCGAGAAGCGCAAGACCAAGAUGAAGAAGCACGUGAAGAAGAAGAUCAUCGCCAAGAGAAAGACAGCAAAGUGA